GAGGAAAGACCCAAGUCAGAAUCAUUUCCAAGGAAAUGCAAACGCGUUGAAUAUUUUUAAAUCCAUUAAAUCGAAAAUCGAUUAAUCGAGCCCGUCCGUUACGAUUUUUUGCCGAUUUUUAGUUUCAAUUCGUGAAUCGAUUCAAAAAACUUGAACAAAUCAAUAAUGAACAUCGAUUCGUAAAUUGAUUCAAAAAACUUGAGAAUCGACAUACGGGUUUUCCUCAAUUGAUGCAUAUUAAUCUUUGGUUUGCCCUAGAAAACCGAUAGAAUUUCAAAGAAAUUUAAAUUUGAGUCUGGUACAAAAAAUUAGGGCGAUUUAGCGUCUUCAAAUAAAAUAUUUUUUUAUAUUCGUAGGGAAAACUUGUGAGUCGAGCCCCUCCCGCCCCUACCGGACUACGCCCAUGAUUAUGUCGUUGUCUUAAUAUAUGUAGAAAAUCCUUAUUUUUCCAGAAGUAUUUAACUUAUAGCUUUUAGAUAAAUGCAGAUAUUGAAACCAUUAUGAACAAUGUAUGUUUUAAAAAAUUACUUACAAUAAAUAUUUGCAAUUUCAAUGUUGUUGUUUUUGAUGUAGCAAGUUUAGGAAAAACCCGUUCAGACGAGCAGCUAAGAUUGAAAGGUUUGAUGAUUUUGAUUCUUGCCGUGUAGCUCUUAAAAAUGGUCGAAAGGAUUUUCUUCUGGCUACGUAGAAACACUUUAAUUCUCUUCAAGAUCACCGUGUUAUUUGUAUAAAUAAAUGUGCGACAAAAUCCAGAACCUGUACAAGUGGUUCACAAGAUAAUUUCAAAAUGAAAAAUUAAUUUCCAGAGUUUAUAAACGGGAAGAUGACAAAUUUGUCACUGCUUUUGGGUACAAUUUAAAAAUAUACAAACUUUUAACUAACCUCCCCUCACUGGACACUGCAGAUUAAGAGGACGUCUACAUAAGCUGCGAAUCUGAUUUUAAUAUCUUUCCUGAAAUCUUUGGGAAUAAAAAAUGUGUUGUGAUAAGUGGAGGGCACAAUAGACCCACUAGGUCGCGGUGUAUGCCUCAUUAAUUUAUCUAUAUAUCUUAUCAAGAAAGGGGACAUUUUCUUUAAAUAUUUUAGAGCUUAUAAGCGGGAAACACUGUAACUACAUACACAUACAUAUUUAUAGCAAAGACUUUCACUAAUGUUUUGUUUAUCUUUUGUUGUGUUAUUCAAUAAGUAAUUAGAUAACGGCAUUACAAUAUCUGGUUCGUCCGCAAGUCAUGCAUACAGAAGCUUUUAUAAUAGAUAUAUUUAUGUACAUAUAAAAACGUUCAUAUAAACCUUUAGAAUUUCCAAUUUAAUAACUAAGUAUGUAUGCUUGCAUGUACAUAUGUAUGUUUUAAGCUCUAACUGAGCGAUUACUAGGGGCACUUUUGGACUGAGCUUAAGUCACCUCGACUACAACAAUGCUAGUUAUUAGAUAGGUAGUCGUCCGACAACCAGUUGCUGAGAAUACAAGUUCAGUCACAACGCAGCCGUCAAACAAAUCUCGAUUUAAAUCUGAAAAAAUCGAUCUAAAUGCAAACAUAAAGACGCACUAAGUUAAAAGUGUUAAAGAUGUCAGCGAAAUUGGAUGUUGUAAUCUUCGGUGCCACCGGUUUUACAGGGCAAAUUGUGGUGGAGAAGGCGUCAGAGAUAUUGCAGGGCCUCAGCUGGGGCAUUGCGGGCCGUAACAAGAAUAAGCUGGAAAAUGUGUUGAAAACUGCAGGUCAGGCAACUGGCAAAGAUUUAAGUGCGAUACCGAUUAUCUUGGCAGAUGUAGACGACCGGCUAUCGAUUGAGCAAAUGGCUAGGAAAUGCAAGUUACUAAUCAAUUGCUGUGGCCCAUAUCGGUUCUAUGGCGAGGUGGUGGUUAAGGCCUGCAUUGAAGCCGGUGCGCAUCACUUGGAUAUUAGCGGCGAACCACAAUAUAUAGACGGCAUGCAAGUGAAAUAUCAUAAAUUGGCGCAAGAGCAGCAAAUUUAUGUGAUUUCAUCGUGUGGCUUCGAUAGCAUUCCAGCCGAAAUGGGUGUAGUGCAUGCAGAUCGAAAUUUUCCAGGUACUGUAAAUAGCUGCGAAAUGUUUUGGGAAAAUAUUCUUGAUUAUCAAGACAAAAGCUCCAAAGCUGUUUUACAUGCCGGCACGUGGGAAAGCGCUAUUCAUGCUAUGGCUAACUUCAGCGAAAGCCAAAGAUUGCAACGUGCUUUGGGUGACAAUAAAUUGCCAGAUUUGCAGCCGAAACUCAAAUUUUGGUAAGGUGGGAAGCUUUUAUUUUAGAUUAUAGGCAAAAAUUGGAAUGUUACUG